UUCCACAAACAACUGGAUUAUAUGAAUCACGGAUGGAUUCUAAAUUAAAUUCCAACAUUAAACGAAAUGUGUAUUUUUUAUUAUUUUGUUGUAUUUUAAUAUAUCAAGCACUUACUUCAUGGAGUGUAGAGAGUGUGCUUUUACCUAAUGGGGAUGUGCAACAUAACAGAAGCAGCAGUAUAAUAAUACAGAAAUGGGAUACUAGUUCCCAAGGAGAGCAGAAAUCAAGUUUAACUGCUGCCACAGUAUCCGCUACAACAUCACAUUCAGUGGAAGCUCUUCAUCCAUUAUUGCAUUCAGUUUAUGAAGCCUGUUCCUUUCCUUGUCUGAAUGGUGGUGAAUGUGUACACCCAGACUCAUGCAACUGCAGCCAAUAUCAAGCCACAGGAGAUCGGUGCCAAACAGUUCCCAACCUAGGUUACGAAAGAGACAUGAUCUGUCGGACGUGGGGACAAUAUAAUUACGAAACAUUUGAUGGACUUUAUUAUUACUUCCCUGGAAAGUGCACGUACACUCUUGUUAGAGAGUGUGGUGAGGAGACAGAGCCUAGCUUUGUGAUACAGGUUCAUAACGAUCCAGAAUGUCAUUCCUCAGCAUAUUCCUGCAGUCGCUCUGUGAGCUUGUUUUUUCCGGUGGAAGCAGAACUCAAGUUAAAUCGGUAUAAUGUUACCUAUAAUGGACAAAGUAUUGAGCUCCCACACGUUGUCCAUGAUGUGGAAGUGGAAAGAAUUUCCCAAUAUACUUUGGUUACCCUACAACAUGGAUUCACUCUGGCCUGGGAUGGAAGCACUUCCUCAGUCUAUAUCAAAAUGAGCCCAGAGUACGUGGGGAGAACCUGUGGACUGUGUGGCAGCUUUAACGCUGAUGUACACGAUGACCUAAAAACCAGCUAUGAUUUAUUCACUCACGAUACAGCGAUCUUUGGAAACAGCUGGAUGGAAAUGGUUCCACAUGAGCAUUCUUGUCCCAGUAUGCCAGCAAACUACCCAUCCCCGUGUUUGACUCAAAACUAUGAAACCCGCCAGAAAGUGCAGGAGAUGUGUCUCCUGCUGCUUGAAACUCCAUUUAAAGAGUGCCACGACCUAGUGAGCCCCUUUCCUUUUAUGGCCAGUUGUUCAAAUGAUCUCUGCAUAGCUGGGCUUGAUAAUCAGGUGCUGUGCCAAGCGUUAACAGAGUAUGCAAGAGCAUGUGCCCAUGCUGAACAUCCUCUGUAUGACUGGAGGGCAGCGAUUCCGAUGUGUGCAGUGGAAUGUGAUGACAAGUUUAUAUACAGGGAGUGCAUCACCUGCUGUCCUGUCUCUUGUAACACUGAUAAAAUGUGCAUCGAUAGUAAACUUCAGUGCCUGGAUGGAUGCUACUGUCCGGAAGAUCUGAUCUAUGACAAUGGAAGCUGUGUAAAGGCCUCAGAGUGCCCUUGUGAAUACCAUGGAAUGCUCUACUCUCCUGGACAGGAGGUUCAGGACAAAUGCAACAGCUGUACUUGUAUGGGUGGAUCCUGGAACUGCACAGAAUAUAGCUGUCCAGGAGAAUGCUCUGUUACGGGAGACAUUCACUUUGAGACAUUCGAUGGACGUGUGUACACAUUCCAAGCUACCUGCCAGUACAUCCUGGCAAAAAGCCGCAGCACUGGGAAGUUUACCAUCUCUCUACAAAAUGCACCAUGUGGAGCGAACCUGGAUGGAGCCUGUAUCCAGUCAGUAAACAUCAUUGUCGAUGAAGAUCCAAUGAAACAGAUCACAGUGAAUAAUAUAGGAGAGGUGUAUGUGUCCAACCUGUAUCGAAUCACCCCACCUUAUUCAGACGCUGUAUUUCAGAUCCAUGAGCUCUCGUCUAUGUUUUUGCAAGUUAAAACUGAAGAUGGAUUGCGUUUGCAGUACAACUGGAAAGAGUUAAGGCUCUACCUGGAGGUAGAUGAAAGUUGGAAGGAAGACACUGUAGGACUCUGCGGAACCUUCAAUGGAAACAUUCAAGAUGAUUUUCUGUCCCCAGCAGGAAUGAUUGAAAGCACGCCUCAGCUGUUUGGUAAUUCUUGGAAGCUGUCCUCCGCUUGUGUUCCAGGCCACAGCAUUCCACAGCUUGACCCAUGUGACAUACACCAGCAGGCAGCAUCCUACGCCUCUGAAAUGUGUGAGAUCCUAAAUACAGAGCUGUUUGCCCCGUGCCACGAGUACCUGAGUCCCGCACCCUUCUACCAGCAGUGUAAAUCAGACACCUGUAAAUGUGGGGAGACCUGCCUGUGUGCAGCUCUGGCUCAUUACGCUCGACAGUGCAGAAAGCAUGGAGUCAUUAUAGACUUCAGAGCUCAUGUAUCAGAAUGUGCUGCUCAGUGCCAGGAAACAAUGGAAUAUGGCACCUGCAUCUCCUCCUGCAAUAAUAACUGCCGCUCCCUGUCCUUGUCCGAAGCCUGCGGUGAGGAGUGUGUUGAAGGGUGUGUGUGCCCUGGUGGGACUUACUACAACAGCAAAUCCCAGAAGUGUGUGCAAAAAAAUGAGUGCUCUUGCAAUUUCCUGGGAGCAGAAUAUGCAGCAGGGGAUAUAAUCAUGAUGUCUUCUGGAGCACAAAUUUGUAAAGAUGGUCAAAUGAUGUACCAAGGUCCCAGUCUUGACACAAAAUGCCCCCCUGGCCAGUUCUAUUUCAAGUGCAGUGGUUCUUUAGACAGUUCUUCAGUGAGUAAAGGAGUGGCAUGUGAAAGGACAUGCGAGAGCCAUCUUCUGAACCUCACCUGCUCCGGACAUGGUCACUGUGUUUCUGGAUGCAUUUGUCCACCUGGGUUUCUGAAACAUGGUGAUGAAUGCUUUGAACCUAUUGCGUGUCCAUGUUUGUGGAAAGGAAAAGAAUAUUAUCCUGGGGACAAAGUAACUUCUCCAUGCCACAACUGUGUUUGCCAGCAUGGAUCAUUUCAAUGCAUCUUCCACCCAUGCCCAUCAAUGUGCACAGCUUACGGAGACCGCCACUACAGGACUUUUGAUGGACUUCUAUUUGAUUACAUUGGAGCCUGCAAGGUCUAUUUAGUAAAGAGUAAUAUCGACUUAACUAUGAGCGUCACUGCAGAAAAUGUGGAUUGCUAUGAAAGUGGAGUCAUCUGUAGGAAAUCGUUAUCAAUCAACAUCGGGAGGUCAUUCAUUGUGUUUGACAAUGACAGUGGAAAACCAAACCCCUCAAGUCUGAUAGAUAAGAGGCAGCCUGUGUUUAUAUGGCAAGCAGGUUAUUACACCAUUGUCCAUAUCCCUACCGAAGAUGUUACUGUGCUUUGGGACAGAAAAACAACCAUACACAUCCAGGUUGGACCUCGCUGGCAGGGUAAACUGACUGGACUCUGUGGGAAUUUUGACCUGAAGACAGUAAAUGAAAUGAGAAGUCCUGAAAACAUUGAAUCUGCAACACCACAGGAGUUUGGGAAUAGCUGGACAGCUGCAGAGUGUGUGAACAGCCCCGAUAUCCGCAACCCUUGCAGCAUGAACCCUCUGAGGGAGCCAUUUGCCAAGAGGGAGUGUGGGAUCUUGCUGAGUGAAGUUUUUGAAGCCUGCCACCCAGUGGUUGAUGUCACCUGGUUUUAUAUGAACUGCCUCACUGACACCUGUGGCUGUAAUCGUGGGGGGGACUGCGAAUGUUUUUGCACCAGCGUCUCAGCCUACGCACAUCGCUGCUGUCAACAAGGAAUAACUGUCGACUGGCGAUCACCCACUGUCUGCCCGUACGACUGUGAAUUUUACAACAAAGUUCUGGGAAAAGGCCCUUUCAGACUAGUCACUUACUUGGAGGGUGAAACAGUCUUGGCAGCCAAUUUCUCUGGUGGUGCUGCUUUCCCAGUACAGGGAGCCAUCUCCAUUCCAGGAGUGGCCAUGCUGUUUAUGCUGACCCCAGGAUUGUGCAGGUCCAAACCACACGAUACAACCCUAGUUUCAUUAGAGUCUGCGGAAAGGCCAAAUUAUUUCCUGCAUUUGGGACCCAGUGGAUACCUCUGUUUGACCAAGUGGGAAGAGAGUGACCAAUUUCAAGAGGCGUCUACGUUUAUUAUUCAUAAGGACACUUGGCUUGCAGGCUAUGAUUCCUUUGAGUCUUACAUGAAACCUGGCUUCUUUGUUCACUACAUGUUGUCUUCCAUUCAUCUAAUGAAAUAUAACCACUCUGGAGGCUUCAGGCAGGCAACCCUUUUUAAACUUGAAGAAGCUGAAUUCCCAUCCCAUUCGACCUGUCAGUGGAGAUAUGAUGCCUGUGUGAGUGCAUGCUUCAAAACUUGUAGCGACCCUGCAGGAGAGGCCUGUAACACAAUACCAAAAGUGGAAGGAUGUAUGCCACAAUGCCCACACAACAUGGUGCUGGAUGAAGUAACACAAAGAUGCGUCUAUCUCGAGGACUGCAUUAAGCCAGCAGUUGCUGUUGAGCCAAUUACUCCCCAAAGCACAGUAUCAACACCUGGAGCUGUCACUUCACCCUCUGUUAACGCUACUGUUUCACUGGGUUCAACCCUAUCCACCACUGCAGCACAAACCACAACAGAAACACAACGCACAUCCCCAACACCCACUUCAUCAACAGAAGCCUCUACCGUGAUGACCAUCUCACCCAAACCAUUAGGUCCUACCAUUCAGACCACGCUGGGCAAUGAUACAACAGAAUCACUUUUUACGACUAUCACAACACGGGCGCCUAAUGUCACCAAACCCGAAGGAGCGGUUACUUCACCAGCAGUAUCCAACUUGACGUCGGUUACUGAGUCAUUAGCGACAACUGCAAAAACACCUGCGACUUCAACUAGCAUCCCGAUUAGCACAAGUGAGCUUCAGACUACACCAAGUUCUCCAUACACCACAAGAACAACCACAGAAAGCACAACUGUGUCUUCUGCAGCUGGUGCAUUUUUGCAGACCACGACUACUAAACCACCAGACACCUUCAAAGUGACAACUAUUUCUGUAGUGCCAGAAACUGAGUUGCUUCCUACAGUGGACUGGACAUCAAGUGCCAUAGAAUUGCCAUCCAAAGACACCACAGUACUGACAAGCACAUCCCCCCGACCUCUCGAGGAGACAGAAAAGACAACAGUGUCUACAGCUGAAGUGACUCGUUUACCUGCUUAUACAACUACCAGUAAAAGGCCAACAAAACAACCAGGGACUUCAAGAGUUACAGAAACAUCUUCUGCAACAGUGGCCCCUACAACAGUGUAUAUAGAUACCAGUACAAAGGUGGCGGAUAAAACUGUUUCUCCACUGACUACUAAACCCCUGACUUCUGAAAGUACAGUAUACUCUUCUCCAGUUAAAACUGUAAAAACAUCUGCGUAUACCACAACAGAAACCAAAUCUCCUCUUACUACUGAAGCAAUAACUUCAAAAAGCCCUGGUUAUUCUCCUCCAGUUGAGACUGGAAAAACAACACUUACAACUGUAGAAACUACACCUCAACUUCCUACUGAACUGACAACUUCAAUAAUACCUGUUUAUUCCCCUCCAGUUGAGACUGGAAAAACAACACUUACAAGUGCAGAAACUACACCUCAACUUCCUACUGAAAUGACAACUUCAAAAAGCCCUGGUUAUUCUCCUCCAGUUGAGACUGGAAGAACAACACUUACAACUGUAGAAACUACACCUCAACUUCCUACUGAACUGACAACUUCAAAAAGCCCUGGUUAUUCCCCUCCAGUUGAGACUGGAAAAACAACACUUACAACUGUUGCUAAACCUCAACUUCCUACUGAACUGACAACUUCAAAAAGCCCUGGUUAUUCUCCUCCAGUUGAGACUAGAAAAACUACAUAUGCUACCAUGAAAACCAAACCCCCACUUUUUACAGAAUCAACAACUUCAAAAAGUACUGCAUAUGUCUCUCCCCUUGAAACUGUAAAAACAACAGCACAAGAAAUUAAGACACCACUAACUACUAAACCAGUAACUUCAGAAAGUACGAUAUAUGUAUCUCCAUUUGAAACGGAAGAAACGACAGCAUCUACGACACAUCUAACUGUGUCUGAAUCUUUGGCUGCUUCUACAGUGUCUGCAGGACCAACAGUGUCAUUAGGAACAACUGCAUACCCUUCAGCAUACACGCAGACUACUGUAGGACAUAUGACUGAGAAAACCAUUUCAUCAUUCCCUACUAAACUUACAACCACAACAAAAACGACUGCAUAUCCGAAAACAGAAAGGGUCAAAACAACCUCUGCUUCAGCUGUACCUUUAGCUUUCACAGAGACAGGCAGAACCACACCAGAGGUACCUCCAAUGACAGUUGCUUCAACUGAGACAUCAUCAUCUACUCAUCAAGUAGGUGUGGAAACCACCAAAACCACCACUUCUGAGUCAACUAAAGAGACUACAGCAGAAACAGUUGCAUCAACGUCUGCUGAAUUGACAAAAACAACCCUAACGACAUUGCACACAGUGGAUAAAGUGGACACAAAUAUCACAACAUUAGGGACCACCACACUGUAUCCAUUCCUAACUGAACUCUCUAAAAUUACCUUAGAACCUACUAAAUCUGAGACAACAGUACCCGUAAUGCCAUAUUCAAUGGCUUCUGAGAAGGUCUGGACAACAAUAACCCCCAUUACAUCUAGUGAUGUAUCAAAAUCAGUAACAAGCUCCACCACCCCAACAUAUCCAAGCUCAACAGAACAUACUACUGAGACUACAACAAUGGGUUAUAUAUUCUCCACAAAGCCUGUUACGCACCAGAGUACCACACCUCUACUAACCUCUGAAGAGUUUGUUUCCACCGUGGCUACUGUAUCAUCAUUACCACAGUUAACUACCUCCAAGACAACAUCUCUCUACCAAACUCUCCCAGAUGGAACUUCAAUAAUAACAGGAUAUCCAACAGAAAAGACAAGUACAGCUGAGCACUCAGCCAAGCCAGCCACCCCAUAUCCAGAUACAGCUGCAGAAACAGUGCAAAGCAGCUCUAUAACUAGCCACACUUCCUCAACAACUUUAGUAGAAUCAUCUACCACCAGUUUGCAGACUGUUACUUCACAAACUACGUUUGCCUCCGAACCAACAACUACAGCAACCACCAGAUCUGUAUUUUCUACCAUAAAAAGUGCAUCUUCUGAAUCGCAGGCAGCAACACCAGCUGUAACUUUGAGAACAGCGGGUACUUCACAGGUGACUCCUGAAACAGUAGGCACUGUUACAACCACAUCCCCAACACCAAAACCCACUUUGGGUACAACACUUCAUACGACCACACUGUCCACUUCAUCUACAGAAACACCAAAAGAAAAAUGGACAACUACAGGCAAAACCCCCACUGAAGAGGUAACUGUAUCAACAACGACAGUACCUCUUUCUACUGCUACCACUUUACUAAUCUACUCUCCAGUCACACCAAGUGCUGUCACAACUGCAGCUACCACUGCAUCCAUACGGACAGAAAAGCAGACAACCCAAGCAGUCACUCCAUCCAAACCAGUCACGACAGCAAGCGUGACUGCCGUGCUUAAUGCCACAGUACUAACUACAACUGGUAAAGAAACAACAACAUCCAUUAUAACUGCAGCCCAGACCUCCACUACGUCUACAUAUAAAACAACUCCUCUACCAGAAACCAGUACUGGUCAAACAACAAAACAGCCGGCUUCUACACUAGAAUCAACUGCUGCAACUACUCAUGUUACUCCAAACGCUACCACAGCUGCAGAGAGUCUGAGGACCACUUCUUCUGAAUACUGGAUAACAACAUCUAAAGAAGCUGUUAGCAAUAUAACUGUAUCUGUUCUUAGUACUGUUUCACCAACUUCAUCUCCACCAGCAACAACAGCUGAAACAGAGAGUUCUUCUGUAUCAGGGCCAUCUGUAUCCACCUCCUAUACAAAUGCAAUGGAGUACUGGUCCACUCAGACAACAACACCCCUACUCAGCAGCAAUGAAACAUUGACACCAUUAUCACCUCAGUCAACAAGUGCUCAUACAACAACUACUUUAGUUACAUCACCCAAGAUGUGCACUCCUCAAUAUUCUGAGAUUAUUGAUGAAUGCACAAAAUAUGUCUGCAUGAACGGACAACUGAUGCUGUUCAAUAAAUCCCAGAAUUGUCCCUACAAUGCAACGCCUCCUAAUUGUGGUCUCCUGGGAUUCGCUAUACUGGUGAACGGUGACAAGUGCUGUCCACAGUGGGAUUGCCCUUGUCGCUGCUCUGUUUUUCCAGAUUUAAACAUUAUUACCUUUGAUGGUAAUAGUGUGGCCAUUUAUAAAGUGGCUUCCUAUAUUGUAACUCAGCUGCCAAACGAAACCGUAAGCAUUCAAGUUCAAGAGUGCCAAAGCUCAGACACGCUUCUAUGGAAUUUCACUAACCUGUGCCUGGUAGCUCUCAAUAUUACACACAAAGCACAUCAAGUGCUGAUUGAUCGUCUACAGAGAAGAUUGUAUGUGAACUCAAGGUAUGCGCGGCCACGCUUUAAGAAAAAUGGAUUUGAAAUCUUGGACACUGGUAACAUGUAUUUAAUUAAGACCCCAGCUGGACUCAAGAUCCAGUGGUUUCACAGCACAGGAAUGAUGGUUAUUGAGACAGACAGUCCCAGCCACAAGCUCACCACAAUGGGAUUGUGCGGUUGCUGUGAUGGAGACCCAACUAAUGACCUCACAUUGUUCAAUGGGACAACUGUGAGUGAAAGUGAGGACCCAACAGUAUUUAUUGACAGCUGGCAAGUGCCAAACACAACAAGCUUCAUGGGACAGAACCGCCGCCGGGAAGUGAACUGCUCCACCAGCGACUGCUCGGAAUGCUUAAGCAUGCUCAGCAACCAAACCUUCAGCAGCUGCCAUGCUUUUGUCCCACCCAAAAUGUUUUGUGAAGUGUGGGUUCGGGAUGCAGAGUAUGUGAAGAGCCCCUGCACAGCACUGGCUGCGUAUGUGGCUGCCUGUCACAAGUUCAGUGUCUGCAUAGAAUGGAGGAGUCCUGACUAUUGUUCGUUCAUGUGCCCUCCAGAGUUAAGAUACCAGGCCUGUUUGCCAGCAUGCAAUGCCAAGACUUGCCCAAACCAUGAGUCUGAUUCGGAUCUAGAGGAAUGCUCAGGACUAACUGAGGGCUGUGUUUGUCCAGAGGGAACACUCCUCCAUCGCCCAUACUCUGCUCUCUGUAUUCCCAGUGAGAAGUGUGCUUGUACCGACAGCUUUGGGACUCCUCACGCGUCAGGAGAGGUCUGGAAGGCCUCAAAGGAUGGCUGCUGCAUGUACAAAUGUGACAAUGACUCCAUCAUCCCAGUGGAGCAUAACUGCACCAAGGUCCCGGAGCCUGUGUGUAGCAAGGCUGGAGAAGUGACUGUUAGUCUGGCUGAUGACAAAAGCUGCUGUCCUCAGAAAGCUUGUGUUUGCAAUCAGACGCUAUGCGACCAGUAUGCUCCAGAGUGUAAAUAUGGUGAAAAACUGGUUUCCUACUACAGAGACUACUCCUGUUGUCCAGAUUAUAUAUGUGAGUGUGACCCAGACAGGUGUGAGUCUGACAUUCCAACAUGCAGAGAUGACCAGACCUUGAUUGCCACCCGGACUGAGGGGAGCUGCUGCAUGGCUUACAUCUGCAUGUGUGGGUCCUGCUCGGACACUAUUCCUACCUGCCAGGAGGGAGAGGUCUUCACAGUCGAUGCAAACAGCACAGACAGGUGCUGCCCUCCUUACCACUGUGUUUGUGAAACAUAUCGCUGUACAGAGUACACAUGUCCUUUGGGGAUGUCUGUGGUGACAGUAUGGAGUCCUGAUCUAUGCUGCCCGUUGAACACAUGCGAAUGUGCCUGUGACACAAUCCCUAAACCACAAUGUAAACUGGGAGAAAUGCUUCAAAUUGACAAUGAGUUCCUCACAGACCCUGAAAACCAAUGUGACUGUUCCAAAUACAAGUGUGUGAAAGAGCCGGUGUGUGUGGAUGGGGAGUGGGGAGUCAUGCGACCAGGGCAGACACUUGUUGAGCACACUGCUGAGGGUAUCUGCUAUACUACACAAUGCACCUCCCAUACUGAUCCAGUAACCAGCUUCUACAAGGUCCAAGUCAGCAAGACUAACUGCACAGCUCAGUGCGAACCAAACCAAGUUUACAAACCUCCUGACGACCUAACGGCAUGCUGUGGAGUUUGCAGAAAUACAUCUUGCAUUUACCAAAUGGAUAACGGAAGCAUUGCUCUGUAUAAGCCCGGUAUGACAUGGAUGUCCAACUGUAAGACAUACGAGUGCACAGAUACAACAUCAGGACCCACCCUCAUCAGCUAUUCUAUUAGCUGCCCACCAUUUAACGAAACAGAAUGCAUGAAGAUUGGAGGAACAGUUAUAAGCUACAUGGACGGCUGCUGUAAAACCUGUAAAGAAGAUGGGAAGUCUUGCCAGAAGGUGACAGUCCGAAUGACUAUCCGGAAAAACGACUGUAGAAGUAACAGACCUGUUAAUAUAGUCUCUUGUGAUGGAAAAUGCCCCUCCGCCAGCAUAUAUAACUACAACAUUAACACCUAUGCCAGAUUUUGCAAGUGUUGCAGAGAAAUUGGGCUGCAAAGACGCUCUGUCCAACUUUACUGUAAUGGAAAUUCUACCUGGGUCUACUACUCUAUUCAGGAGCCGACAGACUGUUCAUGUCAGUGGUCCUAGUAACAGGCUAACCAGUUAUCCAGCAACAGGCAAUGCAAUACUCCACAAACCUCAAGUGGCUUCCAGUCAUGGUAGAUCGGGAGAGAGGGAGAGAAUCCACACACUACAAAGAGCAAUAACUGUGCAUUUAAAAUAGGUUUUGCACAACAUACAGGAAAAAACACCAUCUAGGGCUGGAUCGGUAUUUUGAUUAUUGACUAACCAGAGAAGUAUAUUUUUAAAACAAAAACAAAAUGUGAAAAGCUAUUUUGAAAUAUUAUUUAUAUAUUAAAAUAUCCCUCCUAAUUAGAAAUGUAGCCCUGGGCACCAUCCAGACAACAGCCAUUCUAAAAAAAAUAUUAUUCAACUUUCUUUACAGAUGAGGAAACCAACAGUUGUGUUUACAAGUACAAAUUACAACAGUGGUUUUAGCAGUGUAAUUUUCUGUAAGCUACUAAAUCUUAGACAGUAGAAAUGAGUUCUUGGAGACUGUAAUGUUAGUCAGUAAUCUGUGCCCAUGCACAGUCCGUAGCACUUAUCCUUAAACCAGGCUGCGUUGUUGCAAAACCCCAAGCUGAUACAAAUUGCUUUUGUAACAGAUGGAGGAAGCAGCUUUUAGCAGUUUGGAGUUUUGCAAGAAGAAGUCCAGAAAACUAGCAACACAUUACAGGCAGUCACGUACACUGACCACAAGAGAGCGUGUGCAGAGUGGUAUCACACCCUGCUUUUUUUAUACCGCUAUUAAAGCAGAUCUGCAAAGUAAGCUCAUAAGUGUUGGGACUUUAGUCUUCCCAGAACGGACAUCCGAGAACUGGAAUCAACAAGAUAGAACAUGAUGCAAUUACAUAGGAUACGCAUUGUAAAUGCUAACAUGAAGGCACUUGUUUGUUUUAAUUGUAUAGUUUUAUACAUAUGGAACUUGAUCAAAUGAAAAUACUGACUUCAGCCAACCCUAGAUUUGCCAAAUUGCCCUUAAAGCUCUUAGAUGCCACAGUACAGUCCUAUUAGGCUAGACAAAGGUAUGUACGCUUGUAAGUAUGCAGUAAGAUGCAGUCCUAUGAUAUUUAUUUUCACAUUCAUCAAACAGCUUCUGGGCAUACGUUAUUGACUUAAUUAAACCAAGCCAAUAUGUUGUGUGUUAUAUUUUGUAUUUAAAUGAGUUCCCUUCUAUUGCCUAUGAUUCUGUCAAACAGUAUUUUUUUUUAAUUAUUCAACUUUUCAAUGUUUUCCUGUAGCAAUAAAACAUUUACCCAUGUUAGUCAACUGA